UAAGAGGUGACGUCAUCCACAGCUGUCCAGUUUCCUUUAACAUGGCGUAACACCUGCUCUUUCUCUCGCGGCAGGUCGAGCCUUUUCUCUUCUUUAUUUUAGGUUUCGAGACUUUUCUUCCUUGUAUUUAUACCAAAGUAAUCACUGUGCGAAAACAGGACGAUGUCAACUGAGGAACUGUCUACGUCUGACAGCGAGCCAGCGUUCGCAGGCGGCGAGAGGUGGGCACCGGUGGGCGCGGUGGCCAACCCGGAGGAUGAAGAGGACAACGAAGGGAAAAUCCGCACUACGGAGCCGCAGCGCCGGACCUCGACCCCGGGGGAUAUGGCGGACAAACUGCGGCGCCUGGAGGAUGAGCAGGAGUUGCUGAACUCGUCGCUGCUCGCCCUCACCUCGCACUUCGCGCAGGUGCAGUUCCGGCUCAAGCAGAUCGUGCACGCGCACACUGAGGACAGGGAGCGGCUGCUGGUGGAGCUCGAGGACUUCGCGUUCCGAGGCUGCCCGCACGUGCUGGGGUGUCGCGCGCAGGACGCGCAGAUGCUGGAGAACGCGGAGGAUCUGAGCGAGCGAGAGAAGCGAGAGCGCAUGGAGGCCCACAGGCAGAAGCAGAGGGAGCUCAUCAUCCAGCUGAAGACGCAACUCGACGACCUCGAGAGGUUCGCCUAUCAGGAGGGAAACUACGACUCGGUGCCCCAGUCCAUCGUCAUGGAGCGGCAGCGGGUGAUCAUCGACGAGCUCAUCAAGAAGCUGGAUGUGAAUCUGAAUGAGGACAUUGGCAGCCUUUCACCCGAAGAACUGCGCCAGAGGGUCGACUCUGCCAUCGCCCAGAUAGUCAACCCGGCCCGAGUGAAGGAGCAUCUGGUGGAGCAGCUAAAGACGCAGAUUCGGGACUUGGAGAUGUUCAUCAGCUUCAUUCAAGAUGAAGUCGGGAACCCACUGCUGACCAGCGCCGAAAACUCUGAACGUGUGCCAGCGCCGGGCAGCAGGGGACUGCCAGGGCAGCGUAAAGUGGACGCAGAGCAGGCGAGGAAGAUGCGGGCGACGGGACUGCAGAUGAUGAGACGGGCCCUGGCGUUCCUGCAGAUCUUUGCCGUCAGCCAGUUUGGAUGUGGCGCCGCUCACCUCCCGCGGGGUCUGUGGCCGCAGGACGAGCCCGGCCAGGACUUCGCCCCUUUGCUUCUGAAGCUGGAGGCGUCGGUGGAGAAAGUGAGGAAGCAGGCCCUGAGACGACAGCCGCAUGACGACCACGUCAUCAGCUACAGCAGCACUCGCGCCAUCGCGGCGGGGGCAAAGGAUGAGUUGACGAGCGCCGUGCGCAAGGACCUGGCCGUGGCCCUCCGGGACCUGAUGGCCCACGGCCUUUACUCCCCUUCCCCGGGCAUGAGCCUGGUCCUCGCCCCCAUCGCUUGCCUGCUCCCGUCGUACAGCGCCUCCCCGCAGACCCUCCACCCCUGGGAGCUUUUUGUGAAGUACUACGACGCGAAGAACGGCCAGGCCUUCAUGGAUUCUCCAGCCAGAAAACUCUCUCAGUCGUUCAGCCUGCCGGUCAGAGGAAGCGUGACGGUGACGCCCAAGCAGUCCCUGCUGUCUGCCAUUCACUUUGUCCUCCAGGACCACGACCCAUUCAAGCGUGGCGCGGACUCGGAACUGAAGGCGCUGGUGUGCGUGGCGCUGAACGAGCAGCGUCUGGUUUCCUGGCUCAACCUGAUCUGCAAGUCGGGAACGCUGAUCCAGACCCAUUACCAGCCCUGGAGCUAUAUGGCCCAGACGGGUUUUGAAGGGGCGCUGCACAUCCUCAGUCGCCUGAGCCCCCUGCAGUUUAGCCUGCCAGUGGACCUGGCGGUGCGGCAGUUCAAAAACAUCAAAGAUGCCUUCUGAACUCUGGCAAGGAAACGCAAGUGGCCACCUCCUUGGAAAGUAUCCCACCGCUGCCACCAUUUGAUACAACCACUGCCUCUCCCAGCCUGCGCAGCAUUUGCACUUUGCUGGUGCCUAUGGCGCCGAGAUAAACUUGGUACUAUGGAUGAUGGGUAAACUUUGCUUCGCAUAACUGGUUUAACUCACUUUCCCUUUCCCUGCCCGUAAAGUCCCUGGCAGUGCCCUCCGAGUCCUGUGGCUGGCUACAAGGGGCCGGUUAGGGAUACUUCGUGUGGCACGUCCUGGGAUGGCUGAACGCGAUUUCAUAUUCAAAGUCAGUGGAAGACAGGAUUUCUCUCGUCUGCCACUACCUUGAAAGUGUUUAAAGGGGGCAGCGUCCAUGAUGAAGCGGCCAUCCGAGUGCACAUAAACACUUGGAGCGUUCCCUUCAAUGUCUGUUCGGAUUGGAGCUUUAGGAACGUUCGUGUCGGUGUGCGCUUCAAGACCGGAAUUUGGGGCCCGCUGAACCAAAAUAAGAGACUACCUUUAAGGAGUCCAUGAGGAGAUGCCAGACGUUUAAGACGCGGGCUGCACGGUGCCAAUAUUCGUGCUAAGGAUGGGGGGGCAACACCUCUGGAACACUUUGGUGCGAUCAAAGAAAAUGGCUGUGACUUCUAUAAAGCAAAAAAAAAGAGCAACUCAGAGGAGGGGGCAAAGCGGAAUGAGAGACUGGUACCAUGCCCGCUGUCUUUAAGAUGCCUACACUUGUUUAGUGAGCCGCGGAAUGUAAAAUCAAUGACAUUCUGAUUGUAACGGGCAUCUUGGGGUCCAACUUGAGCACGACAGGAUAACUCCAAGUCCCACAUUAAGCAAGCAUGUCAUGUUAGUAAUCCUCAGUCGCUAAGUGAUCACUAGAGGGGUUUAUAUGGGACCACCACACGCUUGAAAGAAUGGUGGACCCCAAGCACUCGGGGUCUUCGCGUAACCCUGGCGAUUCUUCCGUGGAGACUCCUGGGAAGCCAUUGUAGUGAUUCGGUGCCUCAUUGGCCUCGAAUCGACUGAAUUGGAAGGGCGUGGCACAGACAUUAAGACCCCCAGCACAGAGGUGGCAGCCCACCCUUGUGUAGCGAACUCUAAAGUGAAGCUCUCGUUGGAACCGAAUCGCCUCAGGGAUGCGCAAACUCUGCUUUCUGCUCUCGUCAGGGCAGGGUUGGCAUCGUCCUCCCUCGCGGUGGACACCUCUUACUUUUGGUGGGUGGUCUAACAUUGAUGGACAUUUCCAUGGUAACUACCACACGUGUCAUGGAAGUAUGGGAACCCGUGUCCACGUGACUUCAUGUGGAUUGGUGGACACCAUAAAUGGCUUUUCUCUAGCAGCCCUCGCAGACAAUUCUGUCAAAAUGGAGAGCGGCCUCAACGACAUCUUACUGGCUGCUGAGUGUAAGAGCCGGCUGAUGGAGUUUAAGGAGUUAAAUACGUUUCGUAUUCUCCAUUUGCAUUCCGCAGUUCCGUAAAAUUUUGACUGCCUAGAAAUUGGGCUGGCAACUAAAAUGAUUUUAUGCAGAUAUGAACCAACUGGGGGGGGGUUAGGAAGCAUUCUGGGCCUCUCCUCUUGUACGCCGAUCGAUAAGACCACCCUAACGUGUGGCCAGACGUCUCCUUGACCAAAUUCUCGUUUCGGAAGUGGACAAUUUCACUUCUCUGUGUGUGGCACAUUUCACCCGGGACGGCAUCUGAAAGAUGUAAGGCGCAUAUUGGGGACGCCUGCGAAGUGCUAAACGACCGGACCACUACACUCUUGAAGGAACGGUGGGCCCCCGAGCACUUCGUGUCUUCAUGUCAUCCUGGUGAUUCCACUGUGGAGGCUCAUGGGAAGGGUUUUGGUGACCGCAUGGAGGACGUGCAGCCAUUAAGAGCCCGUGCAGGGAGGUCCGCUGUCCCCUCGGAUCGCACCACUCCAGGCCCCUCCAAAGAUUAUGAAAGACGCAGAAUCGAUGAGUCGAUUAACAUUCUAGAAUUUAGAAUGAGAAAUGAAAUCUCGUCACGUGAGGAAUUGAUGAAUGCGUCUGGCCGCACAGCCUUUUAGUAUCCGUCACGGCUGGCGAGUGAAGGCUCCGUAUCAGACACUGGCGGCCAUGAUGCCAAACUUGGAUUUGUGCUUUUCACGAUUUUUGUUUUUUUUUUUUUUCUUCUCAAAAUUGUCUACAUGGUGGGUCCCAUUGAACGUGUCGAAGGGUGGAAUGGCAUUCCCUGAUUCGAUUUUAGUUGAGUAAGUGAAUGAGCGGUGGGCGCACCAGGGACUCGGACCCGUGUCUGUGGGCCGGGCGUGGAUGAACACGAUGAGGGAUUUGGGUUCUACUCGUACUGCCUGCCUGUGAUGUGUCCUUGGUAACGUCGUGUCCUGCGAGGGGCUCAUUGGCAGCUGUGCCCACUCGGUCGUCUGUCCGUUUUAUUGAUUUGUGAUUGUUGCGGGGGCUCCCGGGGGUCUCGUGAUUGGUCUUCUUCCUGUGACUUUUUGUCUGACUUCUCUUCUGUCUGUCUGUAAUGACCAGGACCCUCGUCAUAGCGGUGCACUAAACACUUUAUGUAUAUAAGUGGAGGCAAACAUGAAAAUGAGCUCUAUUUUGUUUAUAUGUAUUGGAAAAUAAAAAAAUGUCUGAAAACGA